AUGACCACCACCACCACCACCACCAUCAUCAUUCUUUCUGCUACUGCCAUCAUUUUGUUCUCAACAUUAUGCAUGGCGCAUGCGCCGUCUCCAGGCAUGGAGUUGCCUUUAGCACCUAAACCUUCUACACCUUUAGGACCAUCAGCACCAGCAACAAACGACUGUUUUACAUUGGUGUUAAACACGUUAGAUUGCUUGAUUUAUGUGGAAGAGUUGAGUAAGUUGACGGUAUCAGACAAAAAUUGUUGCCCAGAAUUGGCUGGAUUAAUGGAUAACAACCCUACAUGCUUAUGUGAGAUGCUAACUAAUAUUAGCUUGGAGGCAUCCUAUGGCAACAAGAUUGAUAUUAGUAAAGUUCUUGAGCUUCCUUCUGUUUGUGGUGUCAAUACUCCUCUGAGCACAUGCUCGGAUGUUGAGCCAUGGAUGGGAUUAUUAGCCAGCACUCCUUUAGCUGAUAAUAAUGAUAGUGGAGCUUCCAACGUUGCAGGCUAUGGUCAAUCUUUCUUUUUUGGCUUACCAUUUUUAUUUCAUCUAAUUAACAUUCUUCUAAUAGUUGGAAAUUUUUAG